UGAAGAAGAAUUGAAGAAAUUGCGAGAUAAUACAAAGAUUCCCGAUUAUAAAAAGGCUGGGUUAUACGAAGAUUUGAUUGCCCGCUUACGUAAUUAUCGUGAAAGCAUCAAUACGCCUCCACUUAUUCAAGUUGCUGAUCAACCCCGAUUUAUUGUACCAGAUUAUCCGUUACCCGAAGAAUUUCCGGAUUUGUGGUCUAGACUUCCAGAGGUGCGCAGUACUGAGAAGGGUGAAUUGGUACUUAGUGAUCAAGUUAUACCCAACACUAGUGUCAAACAAUUACUAGACUAUGCUUUGAGUAAAAGUUCAAAGAAACCGAACGGCUACGAAGUUUUGGAUACUUUUCUCAAGAGUAAAGGAUUGGACAUUGAGAAAGCCCGCCAAGUCAUCACCAAGACUGAACCUUUGGACGUGAAAAAGGAACCUGUAAAUAAAAAACUUGCUGUAUCUGCUAACCGGCGAAAAAUUGGAUUGAAAAGUACUGUUCGUAAAACACCGGCAGCAUUGAAAAGUAGCUUGAAACAGACAACUGAAACGCCAUUAGUUAAAAGUAGCUUGAAGGAGCCAACCACUGAAACACCAUCAGCUAUCAAGAAAAGUGUAAAUACUAUAGCGUUCAAAACACCCUCUCUUACGGGAAAACGUAAUCGUCGCGCGCCAAACAGAUACUCACCUUAUGGUGGUCCGUUCACCUAUGAAGAUGAGUUCCACACGCCCAAGACGACAUUCCGACCGAGACAAACUGGUGACGGCAGGAAAAGAAUCUACGUUAGACUCUGGCACUAG